AGCAACUGUGUCGGAUGAGCCGUGAGCCUCGGUGCAGACGACAGCCUUCAGCUCAGUAUCGCCAUGGCUGCCUUGAGGAGAGGUCUACCGCACUUCGCUGUCGGGUGUGUCGUCAAAGGCUUCGGGAGAGGCUCGAAGGAACUCGGAAUUCCUACAGCCAAUUUUCCCGAGCAUGUGGUAGAGAAACUGCCAGAGGAGAUCAGCACCGGCAUCUACUUUGGGUGGGCAAAAGUCGACAACGGACCUACCCUGAAGAUGGUUAUGAGCAUCGGAUGGAACCCUUACUAUAACAACAAAAAGAAAUCAAUGGAAAUUUACAUCUUCCAGGAAACACACAUCAUGCAUGUCUUCGAGAACGACUUCUAUGGAUCUGAGCUGAAAGUGGUCAUGCUGGGAUAUAUUCGCCCAGAAGAAAAUUAUAAUUCUCUCGAUGAACUAAUAAAAGCAAUCAAAAAUGACAUAGCUGAAGCAGACAGACAGCUCUCUCUUCCAGAACAUUUAGUGUACAAGGACCAUGCCUUUUUCACAGGGAAGUCAGUCCCACAAACUAAUGGAUCUAUAAGUAAUGGAAUUAUUGCCAAUGGAAAAGUGAAUGGGCAUGGAGAAACAGAAAAUCAGGUCAACGGUAACUGCAAUCACACUGGCUGAAAAUCUCAUAUUUCCUGGGCCAGAAUGCCAACUUCCCGAGCCAUGCCAAAUUACUUCAGCUAGGGUUUGGUUUAUUAUAUGCUUUAUUUUGAAUUUACUGGAGUAAAUAUUGACUGUAUAAAGUUAAUAAUAUCAAGUUGCAUAUUUAAGAAUUUAAAAGGUUUAUGUAUUUUAGUGUUUUUACUUUGUGGAAUAGUUUGGUCUUUAAGCUCAAAACCACUUGAUCUGAUUGACUUAUUAUGAAGACAUGAAAGGAGUGUUGAUAAAAGGAGAUAUUUUAUCACUUUUGUAUUCUAUCUUGUUACUUUCAUUCCCUUUGCUUUGUACAAGUUUUCUUUUAUAAUUAAUUUUGCUGGUAAAUUUUAAUUGGUUUUAAAUUCGAAAAUAAUUUUGAAUAAUAGUUUACAUAUAUUAUCAUGACAUUAACAGUAUUAUUUUCUUAAUGAAAGGGAGUAGGGCAACUUGAUUGUUUACUUUGUCUCCUUUUCCUAUUAUUUAUUAUUUCUUUUGAGCUUUAUGAAAGACUUACCAUUCUGAAGUCUUGUAAUUUUUCUGUGAUUAGUCUGGCCCAGAAUCAGAACACAGUAGUAAUAGCAUUAAGAAGUGUAUGUUUUGAUAUGAUAAAGGAUUUGAUGUAAAGUUCAGUAUAUAAGAAGUGAUAAUAACAGUUAUAAUGCAUAUGUGAUAACCUGGAAAGGUAUUAUGCACACUACUCUUGAGUGGGCUUUUAUAUCAGGAUCAUUAAAUUGUCCUUUAAACUCACUUGCACUAACAGUCAGCUUUUGGAAUUUAUUAAUCAUAUUUGAAUAUAUUUUUCCCACAUUUAUUGCUUGGUGAUAAGCAGGAAAAGUCAGGUGACUCCAUUGAGUGAAGGGUCAGUGGUAUUAUUGUUCUAUACACAAAGUUGCAUGCAGCCAGCAGUCUCACCCAAAGGAACCUUUUUUUUUUUUUU